CGCCCCUUUUCCGGGAGGACCCGAGUUGUUCCGGAAAGAGCCGAAGUGACCCCGGAACGGGCUGAGCUCCCCUCGAGCGGCUCCGGAAAGAGCCGAAGGGCCCCGGAUCCCCUUCCAGCCCCCCCGGCUCUGGAGACCCCCGAGGCGGCUCUUAAACUUGCAGAGCGGCUCCAGAGGGUCCCGAAGCGGUUCUGGAGGUUCCCGAAGGGGCUUCGGAAAGUCACGAAGUGAUUCGCAGGUCGUUCCGGAACUUCCCGAACCGGUUCCGGAACUUUCCGAAGCGGCUCAGGAGAUCCCCGAACCCUUCCCGGACUUUCCCGAAGCGACUCCGGAAGUUACCGAGCGUCUCCGGAAGUUGCCGAGCGGGCCGGCCCCUCAGCGCUCGCCCCCGGCCCCGUCGGUCCCGGACCCCCCGAAACCCCCCGAAACCCCCCCAAAAAACCCCAAAACCCCCCAGAAAGCCCCGAACCGCCGCUCCCCCCGCGCCCCCCGGGGGGGCCGGCGCCGCCCCGGCCCGGGCCGGCAGGAUGAUCAAGCUGUUCUCGCUGAAGCAGCAGAAGAAGGAGGAGGAAUCGGCCGGAGGCACCAAGAGCUCCAGCAAAAAGGCCUCGGCGGCUCAGCUGCGGAUCCAGAAAGACAUCAACGAGCUGAACCUGCCCAAGACGUGUGAGAUCGACUUCUCCGACCAGGACGACCUGCUGCACUUCCGGCUGCUCAUCUGCCCUGACGAGGGUUUCUACAAGGGCGGCAAAUUCGUCUUCAGCUUUAAGGUGGGCCAGGGGUACCCCCACGACCCCCCCAAGGUGAAGUGCGAGACGAUGGUUUAUCACCCCAACAUCGACCUGGAGGGCAACGUGUGCCUCAACAUCCUCAGGGAGGACUGGAAGCCCGUCCUGACCAUCAACUCCAUCAUCUACGGCCUCCAGUACCUGUUCCUGGAGCCGAACCCCGAGGACCCCCUGAACAAGGAGGCGGCCGAGGUCCUGCAGAGCAACCGGCGCCUCUUCGAGCAGAACGUGCAGCGCUCGCUGCGGGGGGGCUACGUGGGGGCCACGUACUUCGAGCGCUGCCUCAAGUGACCCCCUGCCCCGAAAUCCCCCCCAAAAACACCCCCGGGACCCCCCCCGAAAAUCCCUGACCCCCCUGGACCCCACAGAGCCCCCCAAAACCCCGCUCGGGGGGGCUCUGUGGGGGCCACAGACAUCAAGUGACCCCCGCCCCCCAUAAAAAAAUUCCCCCCAAAAACACCCCCGGGACUCCCCAAAAACCCCCAAAUUCCUCCCAGACUCCUCCCCUCCCAAAACACCCCCAGGACCCCCUGAAUACCCCUUUUGCGGGGGGGGAGGUGACGUGGGGGCCACUGACAUCGGGACCCCCCCCGGGGACCCCACAUAUCCCCCCAACACCCCCAGGACCCCCCAAAUUCCCCCUGUGGACCCCCCAGGACCCCCAAAGUCCCCCUGGGGACCCUCUGGGACUCCCCAGAACCCCCCUGGGAACCCCCCAGGACCUCCUGGGACCCCCCAAAAUCCCCCCCCCCAGGACCCCCCAAACCCCACGCGGUACCUCCGGGGACCCCCCCAAAACCCCCCCGGGGACCCCCAAAAUCCCCCCCAGGACCCCUCAAGUCCCCCCAGGACCUCCUGGGGACCUCCCAGGACCCCCCCAGGACCCCCAAAAUUCCCCCCCCUAUUUAUUCCCCCCGGGGGUGGGGGGGGACCCCCCGUCAUGGCUCGAGCGGAGAUUAAAGAGCGAAGGGAACGAAGGCACUGGU